AUGCAUGACUUCGAGCGCGUUACCCGCAACGUCGUCCGCACCUUCUACGACCCUCCGCCUACGAACGACUCCAACGAACCCAUAUGGCUGCUGGGCCAACGUUACGACCCCCGUCCUCCGCCAUCCAAGCCUACGCCUACUGACUCCCCAUCCGCCGGGACACCCACGCCCCAGUCCGAGCGCAACGAAGAUGAAAGCUGGAUAAGGACCAGCAUCGAAGAGACAGAGCGCAGAGAAGCUCCAAAUGGCGAGGAUCCGGCACAAUACGGCAACUGGCCCUCUGCCUUCCUCGACGACUUCGAGUCGCGCAUAUGGAUGACCUACCGCUCUGGCUUCACGGCCAUCCAGAAGAGCCAGGAUCCAAAGGCAACAAGCGCCAUGAGUUUUCGCGUGCGCAUGCAGAACCUCGCCUCACCUGGCUUCACAUCGGACACGGGCUUUGGGUGCAUGAUCAGGAGUGGGCAGUGCAUCCUCGCCAACGCGCUGCAGAUACUACGUCUCGGGCGGGACUGGAGAUACCAAGAGAAGCCUGAUGCAAAGGAGCAUCAAGAGAUACUCUCCAUGUUUGCCGACGAUCCGAAAGCGCCCUUUUCUAUCCAUCGCUUCGUCGAGCAUGGCGCUGCUGUAUGCGGAAAGUACCCUGGCGAGUGGUUUGGUCCCUCGGCAGCAGCACGUUGCAUACAAGAUCUAGUGCACAAGAAUAAGGAAGCUGGGCUGAGAGUGUACGUGUCAGGCGAUGGCGCUGAUGUGUAUGAGGACAAGCUGAAGGAGAUCGCCAUGGAGGAUGACGGUGAAUGGCAGCCUACACUAAUCCUAGUCGGCACGAGGUUGGGCAUCGACAAGAUUACACCAGUAUACUGGGAAGCACUGAAGGCGAGCCUGCAGAUGAAGCAGAGUAUUGGUAUUGCAGGUGGCCGACCAUCAGCGUCACACUACUUUGUAGCCACGCAGGCGAACAACUUCUUCUACCUCGACCCCCACAGCACACGCCCACUCCUACCCUACCGCCCUCCUCCAUCGUCCACCGAGAGCGAGGCAGGAGCGUCAUCUUCCACACUAGAAGCCUCAGCAACGUCCACCUCGUCAUCCACGACCAUUGUUCCUUCAUCAAACGCAUCAUAUUCCGCAGAAGAACUCGCAACCUGCCACACACGCCGCAUCCGCCGUCUUCAGAUCCGCGAGAUGGACCCCUCCAUGCUCCUUGCAUUCCUCAUAACAUCGCAGGAAGACUACGAUAACUGGAAAGAAGGCGUCCGCAGCGUGCAAGGUAAGAGCGUGGUUCACGUGCAAGACAAAGAGCCAGCGCCGCGAGGACAGGAAAGAGAGGGUGCUAUUGACGAAGUUGAAAGCUGGGAUGAGGAUGGCUUACAGUAG